AUGGAGGAUUCUUGGCUACAAACAGUUCGUGAAGGCAAAUGUCUGCCUGAAAGUGACCUUUUCAACCUCUGUGAAAGAGUAAAAGCCCUCCUUAUGGAAGAAAACAACGUCCAGCCAGUCUCCGCCCCAGUCAUAAUCUGUGGCGACAUUCAUGGCCAAUUUUACGACUUACUCGAGCUCUUCCGCACAGGAGGACAAAUUCCCGACAACAACUAUAUCUUUAUGGGUGACUACGUCGACCGUGGCUACAACUCAGUCGAGACCUUUGAGCUCUUAAUUGCGCUCAAAGUGAGAUAUCCCCAAAAUAUCACCCUUCUCAGAGGAAAUCAUGAAAGUCGUCAAAUCACCCAAGUCUACGGCUUCUACGACGAAUGUGUUAGAAAAUAUGGCAAUGCCAACGCAUGGAAAUACUGCACAGAAGUCUUCGAUUACUUGAAUAUUGCAGCUGUUGUAGACUCAAAAAUCCUAUGUGUCCAUGGUGGGCUUUCACCUGAAAUCAAGACAAUUGACCAAAUGAGGGUCAUUGACCGUAAAGUAGAGAUCCCUCAAGAAGGCGCCUUUUGUGAUUUAAUGUGGAGCGACCCAGAGGAUAUUGAAACUUGGUCUAUGAGUCCGAGAGGUGCUGGGUGGAUUUUUGGCUCAAAAGUGACUGAAGAGUUCAACCAUAUAAAUGGACUGAACUUGAUAUGCAGGGCACAUCAGCUUGUGCAGGAAGGGUACAAGUUUUGGUUCCCAAAGCAGAAUUUGGUGACUGUUUGGAGUGCACCGAAUUAUUUCUAUAGAUGUGCAAAUGAUGCGUCAAUAUUGGUGGUAGACGAAAACCUCAACCGAGAAUUCAAAAUGUUUAAAGAAGUUCCAGAAAGCGCUAAAAGUAUCCCCCCUAGAUCUGUAGUGCCUUAUUUCCUUUAG